AGUCGUCGAAACAUCAUCACGGAUCACGCUAAGUGUAUGCGCACGAAGCGCGGCUGUGUGGGCGUUCGUGUUUGUGAUUCGUGAUUAUCGAACGAACGUAGGAAAAUGGCUGAAAUACAUAAUCCACCGGUGUUUUCCCCAAAAACUCUGUAUCAGCUAAGUGUAUUGGCGGCCACGAACAAGUUUUUACGCCUGAGAAACUGCUUGUAUGACCUGCCCAACGAUGUGCUCUUCGACAUUUAUUAUCAGUUGUACAAAGAGAAACGAUUAUAUUUACUGGGGAUCGAUCUCCGAAAUCCGAAAAUUUUUUCCCGAAUGUUGACGGUCACUAACCGGAGAGUUCAUCUAUUACAAUGUUUUCAGGGCCUUAUAGAAGACGGAGUGCGGAUCGAAAUAGAUUUAAGCUGUAGUUAUAUAGCGUGUUGCCUUGAUAAUGAAAAUACAGCUGCUCAAGAUAAAUUAAUAGAGCUAGGUUUAAAACUUGGUAGGUUUCUCAGUGAUGCUGGUUGGUACGCGAAAAGCGAAGAGAUAUUGUUAGCAUGUAAAAACUUAUGUCUUGCAAACAAUUCGACGCCAGAUCAAUGGUACAGGACAUUAGAGUGUUACCGCAGGUUGUUGCAUGUCCAAACGACAUACUGCCUGUUUUUGCAAGCAACGGAAACGCAACAGCUUGCACUAGAACUUUUAGAACGAUUAAAAGAGACAGGGCAAGGUGAUUAUAAUUUCGCCGCUAUAUAUACCGAAUUUAGUAAUUUCUUCUGCAAGAAAAAUGAAUACGACAAGGCUUACAGAUGGAGUAUAGAAGCACUGAAACAGCUGAAGUCUUCACUGUCUGCACGUAUUACCGUUGACGUUUUAAGACAUGCAGCGAAAUCGUGCGCACUAAAACGCGAGUUUCAAAGAGGCGGACUGUUGAUUAGACAAGCUGUGUACCUCGCUAAGGCAGUAUUUGGUAUAGACCAUCCCGUGUACAGUAAUGUUCUUGUAGAUUAUGCAUUUUAUUGGUUAAAUUUUGAUAACAUUAUUAACAGCAUAAAUCUUUAUAAGGAUGCAUUAGCUAUUAGAACGGAAAUAUUUGGUGACAUGAAUCUUCAUGUCGCAUUGGCACACGAGGAUUUAGCUUACGCUCUUUACGUGUACGAAUAUAGUUCCGGUAUCUUUCCCGAAGCAAGAGUUCACAUUGAGAAAGCAAUAAAUAUAAUGUUAAAACUUUUAAAUGGGCAUCAUUUGUUGUUAGCGAGCGCAAAACGAAUAAAUGCAUUAAUCCUUGAAGAAAUAGCGUUAGGUAGUACGUUGUCGACCUUAUCGAAACAGAACCUACUCUUCAAGGCAGAAUACCUACAUUUGUUUGCUUUGCAAUUGGCUAAAGAUGCAUUCGGCGAAAGAAAUAUACAAACAGCAAAGCAAUACGGAAACUUGGGGCGCGUGUAUCAGAGCAUGGGGAAAUGUAAGGAAGCUGAGUCGAUGCACCUUAAAGCUAUAAGAAUCAAAGAAGAAUUAUUAGGAUCAGACGAUUACGAAGUUGGUUUGAGCGUAGGUCACUUGGCUUCGCUGUAUAAUUAUCACAUGAACCGAUACAGAGAUGCAGAAAAACUUUAUUACAGAAGUAUCAAAAUUUAUUUAAAAUGGUUUGGUGAAAGCUACAGUGGCCUUGAAUACGACUAUCACGGUCUCUUAAACGUUUAUACGAAAUUGAACGAGUCUGACAAAGUUCACGAGUACGAAGUAAUUUUUAACAAGUGGAGGUUGUUGAGAAGUAAGCAUUUACAGUCAGAGGAACCGACCAUCGAUCCUAAAAGAUUGCCACAACCGAUCAAAGAAGUAAUCGAGAGAUUUUUUUCUAUGUAAUAUACAUGUACAUUAAUUUUUUAUCGAUCACUGACUCGCCGACUUUACUUACAAUUGAUUUUUAUUUCUUCGUUGAGGUGACUCGAGCCAAAGCAUAAAUGAAAUCUCGAAUUGCAUUAUUUGAUACUGUGAUAAGGUAUCAAUCAUAUAUUCUUUGGUUAUGUCGUAAACGUUCUUUAAAUGUGGUCACAUGAAUUUUUUCAUGUCUCUUCUUUGUACCUCACCAUUUUGUAUGUAUUAAUUACAUUUCCAACUAGUUUUUAGCAAGAAAUUGAUAACAAUUAAGUUGAAUAUCUCGGUAAGAAGAGAUAACAAAUUGCCAGAUACUGAACGAUCUGUUAAAUACACAAAUCUAGUGGUAUCAAACAUGUGAUAUAGUUACUUUCUACUGAAUAUGUUGUUCCUGUACAAACAUUUUAAUAAACAACAGAUCAAAAUGAA